AUGGAGGAACCAACAAAACAGGUAAACAAUCCAGUCGGAAGCAUCGCUUCAGUUGUGCGACCAUUGCGCAGUGAUGUGCGAGGUGCUUCGUCUUUUGUCGGCGGCGCCCAGGAUCUCCAACAUGGCAUUACAUCCAUCGACACCAUGUCCACCUAUCGCAGUGAUAUAUACAAUGAAAUUCUAGCAGAUGUCAAGGAUCAACACGGAAAAGUUGCUAUGAUACCCAACGAUUAUAGCCUACCGAUUGGCAGUCAUGCAAAUGAUUGUGGGUCAUUUCACUCAACCAUGGAAUCCGACAACCAUACAGGGUGUAGGUACACCCGGUGUAGUGUAGUGAGAGAUGAAAAGGAUGCAUGGGCUGCCAAUUCCACCGUGUUGCCGUUGAACAGGCAUCUAAACGACAAACGCGACGGUAUAGGCGUUAACUACGUUCGAAAUGCAGAUGAUCACGAUCCACUAUUGGUAACAGGAGAAGCUUUCGCAUCAUUAAAUCUGAAAUGUAAUAGUAUGUGGAUGCAUAGAAACGCCAAUUCACAAAUUUACAAUGUUGAGGGAAGCAAACUCAAACCAUCCACGUAUUUGCGUAGGGGGUUGGUAUCGCCCCAAUUUCAUAAGCCGGGAAAUCUUAUUUUUAGGCAUAACAAAUAUGAUAAAGAUGCUUUGACUUCUAACAAGGGUUGUGACGUAGAGCUGUCGUCUAGUCCAACCAGAUGUAGAGAUGCAUCGACAUCUCCGAACGACACGCCAUUUUUGCAAUCUAAAACUUCCAAAGGAUUUUUUUGGCACAAACCCUUCGGUGUAUCCCGUAAAGAUAAAGUGAUGUUUUUCAGGGGAUUGCCGUAUGUUGAGACUCUAAAUCCGGGAGUGCAAAAGUCGUGGCACCUGGAAGCCAUAUCGGCGUUAACUAGAGAUCAAUAUGCCUCUUUAAAAAUGACCAUGUUUAGGCUGUCAAAUGGAAGUACGAAUCUCGAUCCAAAGUUACUGCUUAUUCUUUCUAGCGGGAGUUGGGAGGUAUUGCAGGAAGGUACAUUUGGCACAGUAUAUAUAGGUUGCGUGGAGGGGAUGGGUAAUUGUGCAGUCAAAGUGCCUGUGUCUGUCAUGGUUCAACAAGAUCCUGUUGGUGUAAUGCGCAGAUAUAUAAAUGAAUGGGAUAUAUUGUCACGCUGUGAUCAUCCAAACAUAGUCAAAUUGCGAGGUGGCCUCAUUUUUGGUGUCUUCGAUAUUUGGCUGUGCACGGAGCUUAUAAGGGGCGCCGACCUGCACAGCAUAAAGUACGGAGAACACACCAAGCGUUUUAUAAGUCCAAAGGUUGGUCUAAAAAUGUGUAGGCAACUUGCUGACGCAAUACUCUACCUCCAUACGCCAACAGAGGAAAGAGGUAAAAUCGUUCAUAGGGAUAUCAAGCCAGAAAAUAUCAUAGUCUUGCCUAAUUGGGAUAUCAAACUUUGCGAUUUUGGCGAUGCCUGCGAAAAUUCCGAUGGUAACGUAGAUAAUAUUUCAGGCGCGACUUGGCUUUACGCCCCUCCGGAGCUCCUGACGCACAAGUCCAUAAUGGUUGACAUUGUUGGGCUAGAAGGAAACGCCCGUAGAGUUCCAAACGAGUUAUCCGAAAAAUGGGAUAUAUGGUCCAUGGGGUGUGUAUUCCAAGAAAUGUUCGGAUAUAGUGGGCCUUUUCACUACCUUGUUGAUGCGCAAGACAAGCCUGCGAGGAUAUGUGAAAAAAUGGUAGCAAGCGCCAUCAAGGGCCUUGUUCCACAUAUACCUCAUGCGCUCGCACAUACCCGAAUGGGUCAACUUAUCGCACAAUGCCUGCAAAACGACCCAAACGCAAGACCCAGUGCAGCCCAAAUAUGUGCAAUGUUACGAGUACCUGAUACGGCGUUGCUUCAAUAA